GCGUGGGGUCAAGCCCCGUCACCCCAGGUUUGCAAACGCCAAAUUUCGUCUCACCGUUCCCCACGUCCCGGGACCCGCAGCGUUUUCUCCAGAGGACAGUACCCUAACUGUCCUUUCCGUCCUCUUCCUGUUGGAUGAAUCCAAUCAGGCCUCCUGAGAUGCAGGUGUUUUGUCCCAGCCCAUCAUGGAGUCAGCCAUUGAUGAGUCCGUAACGGGCGGCGAAUUGACCCGCUCCCGGCCAUCGCCGUCUCCGAGCGCCGCAGCUCCGAACCCUCCGCCAGCCAGCGACACCGGAGCCGAUGCGGGAAGCGAGGCGCCGGUCAAUCCCCGGAAGAGGAAAAAAGCAUCUAGGGCCUGCGACUUUUGUCAUGUCAACCAUCAGCCGUGCGACAACGGCAAGCCAAAGUGCGGCGUCUGUACAAAGCACAACAAGCCGUGCUUGUACUUGCGUCCCACGAAGCGGCGCGGACCGCAAAAGGGGUACCGCAAUGCUCUCAACACGUACAAAGAGAGCGCCGCGGCCUGGGGCGCUGUGCUGGGAGCAAUACCUGGCCUCGACGCCCUGAUCGAGGGCCAUUUGCGCGGCAAUGCCGGCAAGGCCAUUGUCACCUCCGUGAAAGACUCUAACCAACAGGAGGCUUUGAUCAGCACUUGGCAGCAGAGCUCUGUGUUCAGGGCCUUUUUCGGCCACAACGGCCCAAUCCCGGGAGCCACUACCACCAACACGGCCGACAACGCUGUACAAUCACAUGAGGCCGAGGACGAGGACGCCGGAGACGACAACACUCCGCCGGUCCGGCCGCCACCCGCCAAAAGAGGCUCGCAACCUUCAAGCCAGAGGAGCCAGUCCGUGUCAAGCCUUGUCCUCGCGCCAGAACCCAAAAUGCCCAGCGCACUGGGAUUGGGAUCCCCAUUCCAACCCAAAGACACGGCAUCCUUGUCAGACAUUGUCGCUAAAGAUGCUGCGCAAGUCAGCGCCACGCGAACCUCGCAGACUCUGGCGUCUCUUGGCUUUGCUCCGGACGAGACCAUCGCGGAUUUCUACAGCAUGGGCUCCAACCCCGAACCCAUUCCCGGCCCUGACGAUGCCGACUUCGACCCAUCCCUGGGCACCGAGUCGGAGCAAAGGGCCUAUUACGAGCUUCUUAUGGGCCGUUCUUUCCCCGGCUGAGCUCGUUCUCAAAUGAACCUUCGGGUCGUCUGCUUGUACUAUUGAUUCCAAGGUCAGUAACGGCAGGGCCAAUCGCUGCUAUGUGUGCCAUAACCUCUUUUAACC